AUGCCGCCUGGCAAUAUUUCAAACGAUCUAUCGAACUCUCAGCUAUACGAUUUGUUAAUAAAAGCCAUUAAGGAUCAAACAGAAGUACUCAUGUCAGAAAUUAAUACAAAUAUACAGGAUUUGUCUAAAAAAGCCGAAACUGUUGAUACGAAAGUUUGUAUGCUCCAAGACAAACUCCUAGUACUAGAACGGAAAUGCAGACGUAAUAACGUAAUUAUCUUUGGUUUAAAAGUUGAUGAAUCCAAUCUACUAAAUAAUACUUUAGAUUUACUGAAUAAUAUUUUUGGACCAAUAGUUUCCAAAAACGAUAUAAAUAAUAUUUACAUUGGAGGCCAAAAACAAAACAAACAGCACAUUAUUUUGGAAAUAACUUCAUAUCUAAAAAAACAGGAGCUUUUUAAGAAUACGGCAAAACUGAAAAAUUCGGGUGUAGCUAUUGCAAAUGAUAUGCCUUAUGAAGAUAGGAAAGUCCAACGAGUUUUGAAAGUUCACCUUCGAAAUGCUAAAAGACAAAAUCAUCAAGCUAGAAUUAGAGGAAAUAAAUUAGAAAUUGAUGGAAAGUUUUUUACUCUUGAUGAUUUAAGAAAUUUGGAGGAAUUGGCAUCUGAAGAUAAUUAUUCACCUGGAGAGGAAGAAGAGGAGGAAGCAGAAAACGAACAGCCCCACAAUAAAAAGAACAAAAGACAAUACUAAAAGAUAAAAAUCGCAGGAUCAUUUAUAGCCCUUGGAACCAGCGUAAGCUAAGAAAUAGGAACA